AUGUUGUGGGAGCGCAAAGGCUCAGUAACGACUAAACAGUGCAAAGGCGAUGCGGGGGUUGGGUUCGUGGUUUGUUACAUUCAGACUGAAGAUUACGGGGUAGAGACCAAGUCAGGUCAGAUGGAUAGCCACGGGGUGUCGCGCCGGAUGAUCGACACCGGAUGUGUUGCUAGCGUGAGACGCAUAUGCCACGUGAUACAGGCUUUAUCCUUGUGA